AUGAGCAAGGAAAGUGAAAAUCCAAAUAUGGAUGAAGAAUUAGAGAGGGGUACAAAGAGUGGAAAACAUGUUAAAGAGGACAAUAUAAUAGAUGAGAGUUUGAUUAACAACAAAAAUGAUAUGAACGAUAAACAAAUUUUAAUGAAAGGAGAAGUAGCUGGGAAAGAUGAUCAACAAGUUGAAGAAGAUGAUCAACAAGUUGAAGAAGAUAAUCAACAAGUUGAAGAAGAUAAUCAACAAGUUGAAGAAGAUGAUCAACAAGUUGAAGAAGAUGAUCCAGGUGAACAAGAUGAACCAGAUGAACAAGAUGAACAAGAUGAACCAGAUGAACCAGAUGAACCAGAUGAACAAGACGAACAAGACGAACAAGACGAAUCAGAUGAACAAGACGAACAAGACGAAUCAGAUGAACAAGACGAAGUAACAGAGUGUAACAUUUUAGUUAUAGGGGAUGACAAUUUGUCUUUUUCAAAAUACAUUAUUGAGGCGUACCCAUCCGCUAACAUUUACAUAGCCAGUAUAUUUACGGAACUCGAAAUGAAUCAUAUGCUACUGGACUUGGAAAAAAAAAAACAAACAAAACAUAAAAAUGCAAAUAUGUAUAGCAAAAUUGAUAUAAAAAUAGAGAAGAAUCAUUUUUAUUAUACAAGAAAAUUUAAAGAAAAAUAUGCAAAUAAAAAUGUUUUCAUAAUGUUUAACACCAAUUUAUUUAAUUUGAAGUGCUAUUUCCCUAAUUCGUUUUUUAGAACUGUAUAUUUGAUGCUGCCAGGACUCUGCUACAGUAUAAAAGAGAAUGGCCUCAAGUACAGCGACAAGGUAACAACGUUAAGAAUAUAUUAUUUCCUUAUUUUAGUAAUUAUAGAAAUUAUUAACUUAUGCAUAAAAAAUGCAUGUGUUCAUAUGUUUUGGACAAAUGAGAAAUUAGAGAAUUUGACGCAAGACGACAAAGAAUAUAUAGAACAAAAGGAUGAUCAGAUAAAGAAUGUUGAUAAAGCAAUUGAUGUGAAGGAAAAAAAUAUACAUGCAACUAUAACCUGUCUAAAAAACUUAAUGUGUACAAACAAACUGCAAGAGGAUAAUGAUGUUGUCAGUACAAACCAAAAGAAUGAAGACGAGGGGAGGAUGGAACAAGGCACAAAUGAUAUUCCCCAGCAUAACAAGCCUAAUGACAAUUCCUAUAAUGAACGAGAUGAAAUCGUUCAAGCAGAAGACGUAGUUGAGGGGGUUGAUAUGGUUGAGGGGGUUGAAGUGGUUGAGGGGGUUGAUAUGGUUGAGGGGGUUGAAGUGGUUGAAGAAGCUGCCGAAGAAGCUGCCGAAGAAGCGGGAGAAGAAAAACUUGUAAAUCAAAAAAAAGAAGAGAAAAAUGAUGUAUCUGAGGAAAAGGAUAUUGCCACCGAUAAUAUGAAGAGUCUAAGUACAGAUGAAAUGACAAAUGGGAAGGAAGAUGAAGAGGUAAAGGAAGAGACGAAAGAUGAAACAAAAGAUGUAAAUAUUAAACUGUCAAAUUGUUCGAACAUAUACACGGAUGAAGAAGAGGCCGAGCAGGAAGAGGAAGAGAAAGAUGGUGAUAAGGACAAAAUUUUGUAUAUGUUCGGCCUGCGCAAUAGAAGUGAGGGCGCUCAUGGUGUAGCAGAUGAUAAGAGAAGAAGUGGAGAAGACGAACAAACGAAAGGAAGACCAAGGGUAAUUGAAUAUAUUGAUAGGAACAAAGAAAAUAAGGAAGAGGGGGGGAUAAUGAACAUUGCACGCUUUCCUUUGCUUUAUGAAAUAAAUAUUAGUAAACUGAUGAAGUUGUUUCUCUUUGAUGAGGAGGAGGCGGGAAAAGAAGAUGAAAGAGGGGGAGAAGAGGAAGUAGGAGAAGAAAAAGAAGCAUGGAAAGAAGCCGCAGAAGAAGAAGAGCAGGAGACGAAUAAGGACAGCAAGAGUAAUAAGAACAGUAGGUGUAGUAAGACUAGUAAGGGUACUAAGAAGAGUAAGGGUAGAAAGAGCAGUAAGGGUAGUAAAAACAGUAAGGGUAGUAAAAACAGUAAGGACAAUAUUAAUGGUGAUAAUACCAUGAACAGCAAGAAUAAUAUAAAUGGCGAGGAUAAUGCAAACGGGGAGGAUGUUAAGAACAGCAAGGAUAACAUGAAUGAUGAGAAUAAUGCAAACGGGGAGGAUGGCAAGAACAGCAAGAAGUUCAAGGAUGAAUACGCGUCUGAGAAUAAGUUGAGGGUGAAGGUGGACCUGGAUGAACUUGUGAACAAUUAUUUUCCGAUAAUAUAUGGAAAUCAUUUUAUAUACAACGAAUUUUUGAAAAAUUGUAAAUUUUUUACCUUUAUAUUAAAAAAAAAAAAAAUAAAAAUACCUGAACAGCUAGCUAUUUUAUUACCGAAUAUAUCGCAUAAUUACCCAAUAGAGUCAUAUAAAUUUUUAAAAAAAAAAUAUUAUUCAAUAUUUAAUGAAAAGGAAAGGUCAUUUACGACUUUAAAAGAACAGAUAAAUCAUAUUUAUCAUAUGAGAUAUAAAUUGUACAUACAUAAUUUAAAACAAAAAGAUGAUAGUAGUACAGGUAAACAAAAACCAUAUUUAUCUUAUUACAUUUUUCAGAACAAUCUGAACAGCUUGAUGAAAAAUAAAUUAAGUUCAGAUAAAUUAUGGAAAGUCAUAUUCAAUCCUUUUGAUUUUUUUCAUGUAAAUGAUAAUUUUAAUAAAUAUUUUGAAUAUUAUAUCUUUUCGAAAAUGACAAAAUUUAAAGCAUCUAUUGAAUAUAAUAAAUUAUGCAUAAAAUUUAAUAUUGGAAGGAAGUUACAUAUGGAACAGACGACUAGUAAUAAAAAAUAUACUAAGAAAGCCUUUAAGCAUAGUUUUUAUUCUAUGCAUGAAAAUAAUAAUAAGAAUAAACCGCCUUUACUUCCUACACCUACCAAUGAUAACUAUAAGAUUAGCGUAAACAAGAUGAGUAAAAGUAGUGCACAUAUUAUGAACAGUAACCACUCCCUAAUGAGUAAAAGCAACAAGCAUGUUAUGAACAGUAACCAGCACCCCAUGAGUAAAAGCAGUGCGCACAUUAUGAAACAUAGUUAUCACCACCCUUCUAUGAGUAAAAGCAACAUGAUAAAGGGCAUCCAGAUGAGUAAGAACAAUAUGAUCAAGAGCAAUCAAUUGAGUAAAAACAGUAACAUAAUGAAUAAGAGUACAAGUACCGGUACCCCUAUGAGUAAAAAUACCCCAAUGAAUAAGAACAAUAAUGUAUAUAAACAUGCCUACCAUAACCCGAAUGCUAACUAUAACAAACUAUACCGAAAUGACAACAUGAAAAGUAGUGUAAGCAACAACUAUGAAGGUAAAAGAGAAGAAAAAAAUCAAAAAUACAUGAAGAAUGACCAGCAAAGGUCGAACAGAAAUACAAAUGCAUCUUUUCAUAAUAACAAUUAUAACAACAGUUCUAAGUUCCACGAUAACAGUAACAUGUACAGCGCUGCGACUCACCAUAAUUUCGGCUAUAAUAAAUCAGCCAGAAAUAAUAUGCACAAGUCAGGUGACAACAGGAACGACGUGAGGAGUGACGUUAGAGGUGAUAUGAGAAAUGAUAUGCGAAACGAUAUGCGAAACGAUAUGCGAAACGAUAUGCGAAACGAUAUGCGAAACGAUAUGCGAAACGAUAUGCGAAACGAUAUGCGAAACGAUAUGCGAAACGAUAUGCGAAACGAUAUGCGAAACGAUAUACGAAACGAUAUGCGAAACGAUAUGCGAAACGACAACAAACACAUGAAGCGCAGAAGGGAGAACUCGUAUGACGUGAGGAGGGGAACAGCAGUAGAGGGUUAUACGAACAAAAGAUAUGAAAAAAGGGGGAGAAAUAAUGAUCAUGAUAUGAAAACAAAAAUGGAUGAUAGAAGAAAUGACGACAGAAGAUACGAUGAUAGAAGACAAGAUGACAGAAGGUAUGAUGAUAGAAGUUCAAAAAAUCAUUCCGAAAUGCAAGAUCCAUACGCAUCAACAAAGGAUGCAAAUAAAUAUUACGAUGGUAAUAAUUAUAUGAACAGUUCAGAAAAAAAUUCCUGGAAAUUACCACCACCACCACCCGUAAUUCCACCAACAUUUGAUGGUCAGUCACAACAAAAAAUGAACAACUACUACCACGCAGAUGAUUCACAUAAUGACAGUGUAAUGAACAACAUGAUGAAUUUCAAUUCUGGAGAAUUAUACCAUAAAAGGAAUGUAUACUCACAAAGUAGAAGCUACAAAAAUAGCUGA